AUGACUCCUCUUCCGGAUGACAAUAAGGAUAAGCAUAUUGUGACUAGUGUUAUGCUAGUAGAUGAGAAGGAGUUCAUGAAGGGUUUGAAGGAGAAAGAUACCCCUUUCUUUGCAAUAGUUGUCAAGCCUAAGACUGAACCUAAGAAGCAGCCUAAGGGCUCGGAGAUAGAAAAGAAAGUAGGUCCCAAAGAGGUUCAAGAUCUGCUAGGUAAGUAUAAAGGGAUAGUUGCAGACAGUACCGCAGACUCCUUACCCCCUCAAAGGGAAAUUAGUCAUUGUAUUGACCUCAUACCAGGUGCUACACUACCCAAUAAGGUAACAUACAAGCUUACCCCUGAACAAAAUGCAGAAGUUGCAAGACAGAUCCAAGAAUUUCUAGAGAAAGGGUUCGUUAGGAAGAGCAUAAGUCCCUAUGUAGUCCCAGAAGAACUAGCUCCCAAGAAAGAAGGGACAUGGAGGCGGGAGAAACUAAAUCACAGGCAUAUGAAGUGGGUGGAAUAUCUUCAAGCUUACACUUUCACUAUCCUACAUAAGAAAGGUGUGGCUAAUAAAGUUGUUGAUGCACUUAGUAGGAGGAACUUAGCAAUCCAUGAGAUUCAAUUGGAAAGCUUGGGAAUCACUACCUUUAAAGACAUGUAUCAAGAGGAUGAAGAUUUCAAGGAGGCCUAUAAGGUUUGUAAGGACAGGAAUGACAGGUUGGGGACAAAUUUGUCUUUCUCUUCUACUUAUCACCCUCAAUCUGAUGGACAGACAAAGGUGAUUAAUAGAUCCCUUGGGAAUUUGUUGAGGUGCUCGACUAAGGACCAUGGGGCCACUUGGGAUGACAUUCUUCCACAAGCAAAAUUUUCAUACAAUGACUCUGUGAACAGAAGUACAGGACUGAGUCCUUUCCAAAUUGUAUAUGGAACCCAUCCUAGAGGUGUUUUUGAACUCCGAGAGGUACAUAAUAUUGAAAGGAGGAGUUCUCAAACGGAUGAUUUUUUUGAAGUCAUGAAAGACAUACACCAACAAGUCAGGGAUAGAUUGGUUCAAGCCUCUGAAAAGUACAAGCAAGCAACAGAUGUCACAUGGAGAGAUGUUCAAUUCAAGGUGGGAAAUAUGCUGAUGAUUCAUCUAAAAAAAAAGAGGCUCCAUAAAGAGAAGUAUACCAAGCUACUCAUGAAAAAGAUAGGUCCUUUCAAGAUCCUAAAAAGAUGGACAAAUUCCUACAAGAUAGAUCUACCCCCUGAUGUUGGUCUAUCUCCUAUAUUUAAUGUUUCUGACAUAUAUGCAUAUAAGGGUACUAUGGAUGAUGUUUGUGUUGCAGGUCUAUCUGAUUCUUCUGGCCCAGUUAUGUUGGAAGGACUUCCACCCCCUCUCAAACUUGAGAUAGAGUGCAUUUUGGAUCAAAGGGUUAGCAAGAAGACAAGGAAGAAGAAUUACUUGGAGUACUUAGUCAAAUGGAAGAAUCAACCUUUAGAGGAUGCUACCUGGAUGACUUCGGAGGCCAUUGAGAAGACAGAAACUAGAUUGGCAGAUAUCCCAACUCAAGGGACUUGA